GGUGUGUGUGUUCCUGCAGGGUCUGGAACAGAGUCCGACAGCGAUGAAUCUGUACCAGAGCUCGAAGAGCAAGACUCCACACAGGCCACGACACAGCAGGCGCAGCUCGCGGCAGCGGCCGAAAUAGAUGAAGAACCCGUCAGCAAAGCAAAACAGAGCCGGAGCGAGAAGAAAGCUCGGAAGGCAAUGUCCAAACUGGGCCUUCGCCAGGUGACAGGAGUCACCAGGGUCACCAUCCGGAAAUCCAAGAACAUCCUGUUCGUCAUCACAAAGCCAGACGUGUACAAGAGCCCGGCGUCAGACACCUACAUUGUCUUUGGCGAGGCCAAGAUCGAAGACCUGUCCCAGCAGGCCCAGCUGGCAGCUGCCGAAAAGUUCAAAGUGCAAGGAGAACCUGUUUCAAACAUCCAGGAAAACACACAGACCCCCACCGUGCAGGAGGAGAGCGAGGAAGAGGAGGUUGACGAGACGGGCGUGGAGGUGAAAGACAUCGAGCUGGUGAUGUCGCAGGCGAACGUGUCGCGGGCGAAGGCCGUGCGAGCCCUCAAGAACAACAGCAACGACAUCGUAAACGCGAUAAUGGAGCUGACAAUGUAGCCGCCGGAGGGAGAGGAGCCUUUUUUGGUGUUUCAGAGAAGAGUAAAAUACAGCUAAAUUUAAAAUUUGUACUAUUUCUAUCGGUUAAUAAAAGUUGUGGCUUAUUGUUGGUGAAA